CGCGGCUGUCGUCUACCGGGUACGGGAGCGAGAGCCGCAGCCGGUAGUCGGGUUUGCUGGAGUCGAGGCACAGCAGCUUUCCCGACACCUCCAGCGCUGCCUGCUCCGCCGAGCUCAGCAGAGGCAGCUCGAUGGUGACCACCAACUCGUGCGGUCCAAGUCCUCCAGCGACGAGGAACCCUCUGCUGUGGCCAUGUUGUUCGGCGAUUCCUUGUUCUCGCCCUAAGGAUGAAGAGCCGAAGCUUGGGGUCUAUUGAAGACAAUGAAGUAUAUUUGCCUAAUGAUGAAAUUUGGACCUAUGAUAUUGAUAGUGGGUUGUGGCGGAUGCACCUGAUGGAAGGAGAUCUCCCCACCUCCAUGUCGGGAAGCUGCGGAGCCUGCAUUCACGGGAAGCUGUAUGUGUUUGGAGGCUAUGAUGACAAAGGAUACAGCAACCGACUUUAUUUCGUUAAUUUACGAACAAGAGAUGGAACCUAUGUUUGGGAAAAAAUCACCAACUUUGAAGGCCAACCACCCACCCCUCGUGAUAAGCUUUCCUGCUGGGUGUAUAAAGACAGGUUAAUAUAUUUUGGUGGUUAUGGAUGUAGGAGACAAAAUGAACUUCAAGACUGUUUUGAUGUUCAUGAUGCAUCUUGGGAAGAGCAGAUAUUCUGGGGAUGGCAUAAUGACAUCCAUGUAUUUGACACAAAGACACAGACUUGGUUUCAACCAGAAAUUAAAGGUGGAACCCCACCACAGCCACGUGCUGCGCAUUCAUGUGCAGUUCUUGGAAAUAAGGGUUAUGUCUUCGGUGGCCGUGUUCUGCAAACUCGGAUGAGUGACUUGCACUAUCUAAACUUAGACACCUGGGCCUGGUCUGGAAGGAUUCCUGUUAAUGGAGAAAGCCCAAAGCAUCGGUCGUGGCACACUUUAACACCGAUAGCUGAUGACAAACUUUUCCUAUUUGGUGGACUAAGUUCAGAUAAUAUUCCAUUAAGUGAUGGUUGGAUUCAUAAUGUCAUAACAAAUUGUUGGAGACAACUCAUACAUUUACCUAAUACAAGACCCAGAUUAUGGCACACAGCCUGUUUGGGAAAAGAAAAUGAAAUAAUGGUAUUUGGUGGGAGCAAAGAUGACUUACUUUCCUUUGACACAGGUCAUUGUAAUGAUUUACUGAUCUUUCAGACACAGCCUUACUCACUACUCAGGUUAUGCCUUGACUGCAUUGGUAAAAAUGCUAUCAUUUUAAAAAGUCAGAUAUCUCUAUUACCUCCUAAACUUCUACAACAAGUACUCAAAAAAAUAACAUUUUGGACUGCAGCUAACCACCGAGAAGAACAAAGAAUUCAGAAAGAAGAAACGGACAAUAAGUAUCAGUGGAUCAAUGACAGCUGAAUUGUUACAUACCCACCUAUGAUACACUGAACCAUUUUAAUCUAAUUAUACAUUUCUCUGCCCACCCCAGUUGCAAGCUUUCAUUAAGCUUAAAAUUUGAAACAAAAAUACUCAGUGAAAGUCAAUAUAGGGCAUGGAAUAUAUGGAAAUAGGAUGUGAAUACAGAUUCAUUUAUAUUUACAUUCACAAGCCAAGUUCCUUGUAAACUACAGAGCAGAUAUCUUUUCUGAAAGUAAGCAUGCUUGUAACAGAUCUUAAUGUUUAUGAUUUACUGAAAGAUUAUGUAAGUUUGAGAAUUAAGAAAUUACACUAAGGACUUUAGAAUUAUAUACAUAUUUCUACUUUCAGAAAAGCAUACAUUUUCUCAGAUUACUUUAAAAUUAAGCAUCUCUUUAAAUAGUCCAUUUACUAAGUAACUUCUUAAAUAACUAGUAAAUCUUGCCAAAAAUUAUAUAAUAGGCAAGCACCAGCAGUAUUAAACAAAAGUAUUAAAGCCCUUUUAGCACUUACUGAGUAUUCUUGGGCAUCACCAUAACUUUGAGUAGAGGCAUACAUGUCUUCAGUUUUGUCUCCUUUACCAUUGUUAUUAGUCCAGCUUUUUAUAUAAAGACCGUGUUUUAAGAUAUAUAAAGUGGAGGUUAAUCUAUACGAAAAAUUGAGGAUACUGAGACUUGGUAUAUUUAUUAACUUUUGAGGUACUUAAACAUUUUAACGGGCCAGGAGUGGUGGCACAUGCCUGUAAUCCCAGCACUCUGGGAGGCUGAGGCAGAAGGAUCACC